AUGAAAACAGGAUUCUUCAAAAAACCAUCACAUGACAUUCUUCUGCUGAUCAUUGGUAUUAUCACGCUAGUUGUAUUUAUUAUCACACUACUACUCUUCAUAAACAACAAACUGGAUAAGAAGUACCACAUUAAGAGGACACACGUUAGAAAAUAUCUUUUUGAAAUUGGUGAAUUCAGCCAGUGCUUAACUGGAAAAAUAAGUAACGAAGUAUUCGGACUGAGAGAAGACUACAGCAAUCUGAGUCCCAGGGAGUUGGAUGCGUUGAUAGCAACUGGGGCUGAGGAAGAAGAGAUUGGCGUAGCACAAGACAACCUCUUUAUAGCAGUUCACAAUAUUCAGGGUGAUGAAUACCGUUAUAAACACCAAUAUCACUAUAUGCCUAGGAAGAUGUUCCAUAACCUGAUGAAGACUGUCACAAACAAGUUUGAGUGCCACUUUCUCAUCUUCUACUACAACAGCAAGGAUCCUGUUGAAUAUGAAGAAUCAGCAACCAAACACGGUCUAACAGGACACAUUCUGACGUACAGGGAGAUCAUUGAGAAGACAGAGAGACCAGAUGACUACAACGUGAUGAUUGGCUUCCUCUAUCCAAUGGAAAACAGUGAUGAAAAUAAGAAGGAAUUGACCAAUUUGGUAAGCAAGGAAGUUCUAAAGGGAUUCAAUAAGUUUGGUAGUGAGUACUUCUACAACAACCUGGUCUACCUGCUUACACUGGUGGAGACACUGCUGAUUAAGAAGGACUCGGAUACGUUCAAGAACCUGUUGAACAGACAGUACGGAUCAUUUGUGACACUUGGGUUUCAAUCUGGUUUAUUCGUCCAGCACCUUGAUAAUUUGGACAAAAUCAUAGGGCACUUUGGUGCAAAUGGAGACCCCUUCAAACAGCACGUUCUUAGUGUACGAAACAGAAUUAAGCAAUAA